CCCCCCCCCCCCUCGACCAGGGUUACUGACUCUGCAUUUCAUGGUUCCCCAUAUAUCAACCGCCAAAAACAACCAUCACAAAAGCCGCCAUGAAUCUGCCGCCACCGUUGUAUCUCUUCUUCUUCUUCUUCUUCUUCUUCCUCUUAAUCCAAUCAGUCUCCAGCGUCCAAACAUGCUACUGGCCCGACGGUACACCAGCAACAGAGGAUGUCCCCUGCUCCGACGACAAAUACGCUCCCUGCUGCCGCUCCGGGAAUCUCUGUCUCUCGAAUAACUUGUGUCUAAACGUCGCCAUUCAACCGUACGUCCUGUCCCGGGGCGCCUGUACAGAUCCGAACUGGAACUCGGAUAAUUGUCCGCAAUUUUGUACAAAUGUCUCCCGCAGCUCAGGUUCCUCUCUCUUCCCAGUGGGCCUAAACAGUAACAAACUAGCCGAAUACUGCUGCAAUGACCCCGUAAGCAACGGCUCCGAGGUGACCUGUAGUUCGGAUUCGGGGAGUCCCUUCUUCGUGCCGGACGCUACCCUUGUUGCUGGGUAUGCGGCGCUGGCGAACGUGUCAUCGUUGAGUGCGUCGACGAGCGCGUCGAAUAGCACGUCGUCGUCAUCGCCAUCGCCAUCAUCAUCUUCAUCGUCGUCGUCGUCCUCCUCCUCCUCCUCCUCGAGCUCGAGCUCGAGAGAUGUCGCUAUUGGGGCUGGUGUUGGUGUGCCCUUGGGUGUUAUUGCUCUGGGAGCGAUCGCUUGGGCACUUUGGGAGAGGAGGGCUAGGACGAAGAGUCUUGCUGUUGCUGCUGCUACUACUGCCGGUUGUGGUUGGGAUGGGGGGAAUGGGGCUGUUCCUUCGUCUGUGGCUGGGAGUAAUUCGAUGUAUGGCAUCCAACAGCAGGAGACGGAGCAGUGGAAGAAUCCUUCUCGUCCUGCGGAAUUGACGACGUCAGCUAGGACGCAUGAGUUGGCAUCCUGAUGGAUUGCAAGGGGUGUGCAGGCUUAAUGUCCCGGUCAUGGUCGUCUCACGCCCGAAGAGAAGCUCUUUCCCUCACUCGAUGAAUUAAACGUUAUAAUAUGUCAUUGAAGAUCUAAUAUGUACUAUUAUAUUUGAGCCUCUGGACGCGAGGAAAUGCCGGGAGCACAGUGUAUCCCCUGACGCAGAACUCAAUUGAGGGGGCUGAGGAGGCUCAAUAUUGCCUUGUUGCGCCCAUUGAUAGCUUGGGAGUGCGGGUUAAGGAGACGCAAU